CAACAGGGUCUCGUUUCGCGUCAUUGCCAAAGCUAUGACAAGUCGACGAGUAAAAUGGUUUCUUUCUAAAAUUUAUCUCGUUUUAAAUGGCUCGUGCUUUAGAGACCGACCCGAUCAAUCAACUUGAAGAAAAUCUACAAUGUACUGUAUGUCUGGAAGUACUAACAGAACCCAGAACCCUUCCUUGUUGCCAUUCAUUCUGUAAAGUUUGUUUGGAACGAAUUGUGCAAACAUGCCGUGACAAAGCACCUCGUGGUCGACCUAUUCGAGAGUUUCCAUGUCCAAAUUGUCGUGCCACGUUUAUACUUGAUCCCGACAAACAUGUCGCCGACAUGCCACGGAACCAUUUCAUCUGUAACAUGGUAAAAGUGGCGGCCGUACUCGAUCGUGGAACAGGCGUUCCGUGUUCACAUAAUUGUAGACAAAGUUACUCGGUCGCUCGCUGCGUCACCUGUGAAAAAUUCCUAUGCCGAGAAUGUCUAGCAGGCCACAACAAUUAUCGAGCCAACAAUGGUCAUUCUGUUCUAACGAUGGAAGAGUUAUCGAAGCCAGAAAAUCGCAAGAAAAUCAACAACAAAAUGUAUUGCAAUGAACAUUCGGGCAUGAUAUUAAAAGUUUACUGCGAAACCUGUGAUCAACUGAUUUGUAGGGACUGCAUGGAUUUUAAACACGUCAAGCAAGGUCAUUCGUGUGUUCUCGUCAAGGAUGUAGUGAACAACUAUAAGGAACUUCUUGCUUCAAAUAACAAAGCAAUGGAAGACGCUUUAACUGCAGGCAAUGCAUUUCUUCAACGAUUAACACUUACGACAGAACAACUUGAUCGCGAUGCCGAAAAUAUCCGAAUUCAAAUUGAACAAAAGAAUGAUAUCGUGCUGAAAACUGUUGCUGGAAUGUUGGAGCAAAAAACUAAAACGCUUUUGAAGAAAGUGGAUGAAAUUCGCAAAACUGAACGAGCCAAUUUGGACAGACAGGCAGAAGAAACAAAGUUAUACGUAGAGAACAUAAAAACGUCUGUUCAACUUUCGAAAAAGUUGGCCGACCAAGGCACAGAAGAAGAAAUAAUUUCCUCUCAGAAAAUGAUGCUGGAUAACGCAAAUUACCUCCUAACAAAACGCGAAGAAUAUUUCGAUGCACCUAUACCCGUUGCAAAAUUGAGCUACACUUCUUCCACUGGCAAGGAACCAAUAAGCGAAGAGAUUUUGCAAGGACUGACAAACAGUUUAGGAGAAAUGAGUGGAGGCAAUGAAGAUAAAGGUAAGGACCGAGGGAAACUAGGCCAAAAAUUGUGAACCGGCCAAAGAUUUAAGAAUUUUAUUAAAUGAUUGAUCAAUUUUUAAAUAAACAAUAUUUAAAAUCAUGUUGUAACACUGCUGCAGAAUAACUUGUAAUAUAACUAGUAAUUAUAAGUUUGGUUUAUAUUUGGCAACGUUGGCGACAAAAAAUGAUCGUAACACCCGUGAACAAAUGAAAAUCAGGUUAUACCAGUAUUACAGAAGUGCAUGAUAAACGAUUAUGUUGGAAAAAUCCUGCUAGAUGGACAAUUUUACAGAUAGAAUGAUCUUUAUAUGCAGAUAUCAACUGCAAAAUAUUAUAAAUAACUUACUGACUGCAUGAGAGUGAGGGCAGUAUGGGAAAAUAUCUGCCGAGAAAGUAUUUCAAGACUAGGGAUCCAAGGAUAGUGUGAAGUUUCAAACUGCAAGAACUAUAUAGGGUCGCCGACAACCUAGAAAAGCUUGAUGGCUUACACUAUGAAAUAAACAGUUACCAAAGGCAUUUCAUCUCAUUAUUUAUUGCUUUUAAUACGCUCGGCACACGAGUAGCGUGACGUUUGAAACAAGCCUAACACAUCAGAAACGUGCCUUGUGAAACUGAUGCAAUUCAUCUAUUUAUUGUGUCACCAACAACCAAAUUUUGCAUAUUCUAAAUUUUCAUUUGCAGCUGUCGCUGAAAGCAUCUCCACGAGGCUACUGCUAUGCUAAAUUUAUCUAAUAAACUAUAAUUGAAAUAGCUGUAUAAGAUAUGUUAUGAAUAAUAAGCACUACGUCGUUACAUCAUUAAAAGACGCAUUUUAUCCUCAACCGUUCCGUAUUUUAUCCGUAUAUCCGUUCCGUGAAUCCGCUCCAUCCGCUUCCGCAUUUUAACUUAAUUGUGACAUGUUUCACAAUAACAAGUUUCAUUGACCUUUGACUUUUCCCAGUGUGACGUGUGUCUAUUUUCAGCUUUUCGCAUGUGUUGAAUAUAAAUAUCACUUUAGAUUUCAAUAGCCAUCUUAUCUCUGUGAUGUAGCACCUUAUACAGUCAAUGAGAAUGUAUAAUGAAUACACGGUCUAAAUAAUAUCGACGGUAAUGCAUAACAUCAAUUUAUAUAUUGUAUUACUAUUAUUGCGUAGAACAUCAAAGAUUUUCUCAAUAUUCAUGUCUGAAAUGUUUAUAUACUUGAAAACAACAGUCUCGCUUGUGCCUGCACGUACUGUACCUCUGUAUAAUGAGUAUGCCGUGAAAAAAUAAUAUCGGCACUCAAUUGAAUGCCUAGAAGCAAGAUUUUCGACUCAAUAUUUACGUCUGAAAUGUUUAUAUACUUAACUGCACUGUCUAGGCGGUCUAGCUCCUUCCUAGCUCUGUAUAAUGAAUAUAUUAUAUACCGUCUAAAUACUAUCGGCACUUAUUAAAUUGAACGCCCGUAAUGCAUAAGAUCAAUUUAUAUAUUGUGCAGAUUUUCAAAGAUUUACUCAAUAUUCACGUCUGAAAUCUUUAUAUACUUGAAAACAACACUGUCUCGUUUCUGCCUACGUACUGUACCUCUGUAUAAUGAGAAUACCGUGAAAAUAAUAUCGGCACUCAAAUGAAUGCCUAGAAUCAAGAUAUUCGACUCAAUAUUUACGUCUGAAAUGUUUACACACUUGACUGCACUGUCUAGGCGGUCUAGCUCCUUCCUAGCUCUGUAUAAUGAAUAUACCGUCUAAAUAUUAUUGGCACUUAAUUGAACGCCCGUACUGCAUAAGAUCAAUUUAUAUAUUGCGUAGAUUUUCAAAGAUUUACUCAAUAUUCACGUCUGAAAUCUUUAUAUACUUGAAAACAACACUGUCUUGCUUCUGCCUGCACGUACUGUACCUCUGUAUAAUGAGAAUACCGUGAAAAUAAUAUCGGCACUCAAAUGAAUGCCUAGAAUCAAGAUAUUCGACUCAAUAUUUACGUCUGAAAUGCUUACACACUUGACUGCACUGUCUAGGCGGUCUAGCUCCUUCCUAGCUCUGUAUAAUGAAUAUACCGUCUAAAUAUUAUCGGCACUUAAUUGAACGCCCGUAAUGCAUAAGAUCAAUUUAUAUAUUGCGUAGAUUUUCAAAGAUUUACUCAAUAUUCACGUCUGAAAUCUUUAUACAUUUGAAAACAACACUGUCGCUCCUUCCUAGCAUAUCGUCACGCCAUCAUGAUCUACGGCUUGACAGCGCAUGCGCAUUUGUGCUACUAAAGAAAAAAUCGGGUGUUCCGGGGUAAAGAUCCUUUACACAACAUGAGAAGAAAAUGUUCUAAAAUUUACAAAAAAUUACAAUAACGAAAGCGAUUCCUCGAAAUUUUUGUGAACUUGGCAAAAGGAUAACAGAAUAUGUAAAUAAGUUAACUGAAAUUGCCUAAAUAACCUUCAAAGUACUGACUAAGUACAAUAAAUCACUACGAAUAUAAAUCGUAUACACCCCCCGGAAAGUUUACUCUAUGAUUGACUGUUUGACUGAUUCGUGUGAAUUCGCCAGCCAUCACAAUAGUGUGAAGUGAAACUUCACACUAAAAAUGACGAGAGACUUAGUUAUUUAUUCAAAGACAAAAAAUCUGAAAAUAAAAUAUAUGAGUAAGAUACAAGAGUGAGCGCAGCGAACGAGUGAGAUAUCAUGUUCAACACGAGAAAUAGAUCUGGUAUUUCCAAGCAUCCAUGUAUUUUUCUGUUUAUUAUAUGAAGGACAGUUUUUGAAAAGCGAUAAUUUUUGCAGAAAAGUGAUAAUUGAAAAGCAAUAAUUUUCACAUGUGAAAUUAUCAUCAAUGAUCUCACAUGUGUGAUUAUCAGUUUUACCAGUGCUCGAAAUCUCUAUAAAGCACGGUACUUUAUAUAAUAAAAUAAAUAAACAGCAUCGACAUUCGACAAGUGUGUUUUUAGUUCGCUUCAUUUUACAUUCAUAUAUUUUUCUGAUUAACAAAAACAGAAAUUUUCGAAGGAAAUCUAUAAAUCUGUGGCUGCUUUAAUUGUAUUUUUGUUUCAGAUGGUGUAAAGAUAGUUCAUUCAAAAAUUGUCAAAAAAGCAAGUUCUUCCAAAGGGGCAGCAGGAGAAAAAGUUCUUAUUGAAAAGCUUUCCUGUGUUUUAAUCCAGAAUGUGAAGGUUUCUGUCUAUCAAGGAGACAUUACUAAAGAGACAGUCGAUGUUAUCGUGAAUGCAGCAAACGAAGGGCUGGAGCAUAGUGGCGGAUUGGCGGGAGCACUCGUAAAAGCCGGAGGGAAAUCAAUUCAAGAUGAAAGUGACGCCAUUAUGAGGAAACGCCAACACGCUCUAAAUGCCGGAGACGUCGUAGCCACAAAAGCUGGAAACCUUCGUUGUAGCUUUAUCAUUCACGUAGUCGGUCCAAGAUGGGCUAAUUAUUGCCAGAAGGAUAAAGCAAAGAAAGUGUUGCUCAACGCAGUUCUCAACUGUUUGACAAGCGCAUGUCAGAAUGAUGCUGCGAGUAUCUCCAUCCCUGCUAUAAGUUCUGGCAUAUUUGGUGUUCCUGUCCCAAUCUGUGCCGAAAUUCUGUUUUCAGCGGCGACAAAUUUUGCUGAGAACGCACCCAAAUCCAAUCCUCUGAAAGAUAUUCGUUUCGUCAACAUUGAUAAAUAUACUUCACAAGUGUUCGCACAAGAAAUGGAGAAACGGUUUGGUUAUUGAAGUGGUGUAUUCAUGACGUGUAAAAUGGAUCAAACCGUUUACAAUCUGUCAGCACUUCGUAUUUAACUGAGAUCUGAACAACAAAAACUUUUAGCAAGACAAACUAACUUAGAUAUGGACGUUCUAAGCAUUGACAAAAGGUCCUAGUUUCCGCCACUGAGUUUACAGUAGAGAGAUUCAGAUUUGACUUUCAAUUACCGCUACCUCUCAUGCCAUUACACGGCUGAAAACGAUCAGGUUAUUGCAAUAUUGAUGAAUACAGGAUUGAACAAUGUUGUGCUGUCCAAAUUGUUCACAGUUGUCAACAAUAUUGAAAAAUAUUGUUACACCCAAUUCAGGCUCAACAAUAUUGUUCAAUAUUGUUGACAAGUCACAAGUGUGAACAAUGUGGGCAGCAAAACAUUGUUCAAUCCUAUUAAACAGUGAGCUCAGCGUUUUUGCGUGUGACAGUGUAGUACGCAUUUGAUUGGCUAAUCAGAUAUAAACUAGUCCAUUAAUUAAUGGUAUAGCGGUAGUGAAAGUCAAAGCUGUAUCUCUCUAGUCUUUGCAGGAAUACCACAAUUGGACUACGUUUCAUUUAUUCACACGGAUUUAAUGAAUCGUGCAAGAAAAACUUGAGUAUGGAUCUUAUCUUGUAUAGUAUGGGAUAAUAGCCACCGAUUCGGAAGGAGCCCAUUUUCGCCUGGUUCCUUAGUAAUGGCGGAAUUCUAUUGUCUAUCAAUAUUUAACUGUUUUAAUGGGGUUUUUUUACCAGUACACAAUGAGCUGCGCUAUACAGUAUAUUUUUGAGGUCAGUGAUAACAGCCGGCAAGGAUUUUUACUCGCUCCAAAUUCCAACCACCAAACUGACAUGACGUCAUUUUCUCAAUAUUUCAAGUUGAUUCUUUUUUGAUUUUCUUAGUUAAUUUGGUUACGGGUAGGUUAGGGUUUGGUUUACGGUAGGGUUAGUUACAUAGCCAUUUCAGCCAACAUAUAAGCAAAUUGUCAACUGUCAAUAAAAUAUGUGUUUGGUUUCAGUUCGAAAUUGCUGUUACAUUGUCUUUCAACCAUUAGUUAAUAUUGUGUCAGUUGUCAAUCAAAAAUAACGGUAAAUGUCAGUAAUCAGUCAGCUUCAUUUUCCCUAUUAACACCGGAUAUAGAUUGAUGCUAAUAUUACUAAAUUAUAGACUAAUAUUACUAAAAUUGGUCUAGUAGAGCAUAGUUAAUAGAGAGCCAAUGUUAUGGCUGUUUAACAAUAAAGUCUGGU